CUCUAUUUUAUUUGGCGCUGUUUCUUAUCUUAAUCAACUUUUUUCCUUUUGUUUUAUUCUUCUGGACCUCAAUAACCCAAUUAAAAUGAAAAAGAAAAAGUUAACAACUUUGAAACCUGAAAAUCAAUCACUCACUUUAACCACUAUUCAUCAUCAAUGGAUCGUCUUCUUAUCUUUCUCUCCCUUCUUCUCAUCACUUUCUCUCUCUUCUCAGAGGUGCAGUCAACAACUUUCAAGAUAGUAAAUAGGUGCCGCCACACAGUAUGGCCAGGAAUACUAACCGGAGCUGACAGAGCACCUGUUAAUCCAACCGGGUUCGUUCUUAAAAGUGGCAAAUCCAAGACUCUGAAAAUGCCCAGAGCUUGGUCGGGUCGGGUUUGGGGUCGGACCCUCUGCUCCAACGAACCCUCCACUGGUAAAUUCACCUGCAUCACCGGAGACUGCGGGUCCGGGAAAGUGGAAUGCGCCGGAGCGGGUGCAAUACCGCCGGCGAGUUUAGCGGAGUUUACUCUAAACGGAGAUCAGGGCUUGGAUUUCUAUGACGUCAGCCUUGUGGAUGGGUACAACCUUCCGAUGCUCAUAGUUGCUAAAGGAGGUACAGGGGGAUGCAGUGCGACGGGAUGUUUAGUUGAUUUGAACGGCGCGUGUCCGAGAGAUUUGAGGGUUGCGAGUGGGGGUGAAAGUGUUGGAUGUAAGAGCGCGUGUUUGGCGUUUAAUGAUCCGAUUUAUUGUUGUAGUGAAGCGUAUAAUACGCCUGACACGUGUCACCCUUCGAGCUACUCGCUCUUUUUCAAGCACGCGUGCCCACGCUCUUAUAGUUAUGCUUAUGAUGAUAAAACUAGUACCUUCACUUGUGCCUCUGCUGAUUACUUGAUCAUAUUUUGCCCUCCUCCUUAUACCAGCCAGAAAGUGUUAGGAGCAAGGAAGGAUUCAGCUGAAUUGCCACUGGUUAACAAAACCAUGAUGUACAUAGGAAGGCGUCACUGAAGCGCGGUUAGACAUCCAUCCGUCCAUAUUUACUGCACAUUAUGGUGUCAACCAUGCCUAUAACUGCACUUGCUUGUACUCAGAGAACAUUGUGACUGACCUUGCUGGGAACCUUUCAGGCUAAUUUACAAAAGAAGUUAAAGCUUUGGACUGUUAAGAAACCCAAUGCCGACUAUAUCUCAUUUAAAAUCACGUGUGCAGAUCUCGUCCAUAACAAAUGACAAUAAUUGUUUAUAGGAGCGUGUAGUUUCUUAUAAGAUUGAUAUUUGUUCAUUUUCAGUCUACAUUUUGCUCUCCGUCGCUUUUGGUGCUUGGAAGGGUCCAUAGUGUAGAGUCGUCUUUUCUUGAGAUAGUGAUGAUGUGGUGGAGAAUUCAAAAUAUUUUGAAACUUGUUGAAGGUACAUAUAAGGAUAUUUGAGCUAACUGCCUAGAAUAGAAAUUGUACUUUGGUGUAUGAUUUGUUUAAAAUAGUAUUUACCAUCAUUGGGCACUCAA